UCCUUUGCCAAGCCCACAGCUCGAUUGGGUAUAUAGAAGGAUGCCCGUGUAAAGUUACCAAGAAAGUUUGGGGAUCAGCUUGCCAUCUUUCCAUCCAUCAGAGACUGUGAGAUGAAAAGCCAGCCGCCGCUUCACGUGGCCACGCCAGUGAGGCAGAGCCUUCCCCUGACUAAAGUAGCUGGGACCCCUGUUUACCUCAAGUUGGACUCAUCCCAGCCUACAGGAUCCUUUAAGAUCCGGGGCAUUGGACACCUCUGCAAAACGCGGGCUGAGCAAGGAUGUGAGCGGUUUGUCUGCUGUUCAGGAGGAAACGCUGGCAUGGCGGCGGCCUACUCGGCCCGUCAGCUCGGGGUGCCUGCGACCAUCGUAGUUCCAAGUGUCACUCCAAACCCAACGGUGGAGAGGCUGAGGGACGAAGGCGCCACUGUGAUCAUCCACGGCAAGGCUCUGAAUGAAAGCAUUGAAUACGGGCAGCAGCUGGUGGCAAACAACCCCAGCUGGAUAUUCAUCUCCCCCUUUGAUGAUCCCCUCAUCUGGGAGGGCCACACCUCCCUGGUGAAGGAGCUCGAGCGAGACCUGAAGGAGAAGCCGGGAGCGAUAGUGUUGUCGGUCGGGGGCGGGGGCCUGCUGAACGGAGUGGUGGAGGGGCUGCGUCGCGCCGACUGGGCUGACGUGCCCAUUGUAGCCAUGGAAACCAUGGGAGCACACAGCCUCAACGCAGCGGUGAAAGCCGGGAAGCUGGUCACUUUGCCUGAAAUCACCAGUGUUGCAACCACACUGGGCCUGACGAGGGUGUCUGCACAGACCUUUAAACUGCUGGACGAGCACACAGUGUUUUCAGAAGUAGUCACAGACCAGGAGGCCGUGAAAGCGGUGGAGCGCUUCGUAGACGAUGAGAAGGUCCUGGUGGAGCCCGCCUGCGGCGCCGCCCUGGCAGCCGUGUACAGCGGCAUUAUCAAAAGGCUGCAGGACGACGGCAAGCUGGCACGGAAACUGGGCCCCGUGGUCAUUGUGGUCUGCGGCGGCAACAACAUCAGCAUGGAGCAGCUCUGGAGGCUGAAAAAACAGCUGGGUCUUAUCUGACGUGGCCGACGACCUCGGGUUCGUCCCGACCUUUCCCUCAUUCCUCCGUCAGCUGGUGUCAAUCCAUGAAGCCCGGUAUUCUAUGUGCUCCAUAGACCAAAUCAUUCCAUACUGUGGGACUAUUCUGAGCAGCGAGACAAAUGUGAGGCUGCGAGAUGUGUGAUGCUGCUCGCGGUAGAGGUAGUUUUUGCCUAGAGAAACCUCGGUCAGAAGAACAAAUUUAAGGUGCAUUUGUAUUUAGUUUGCGUGUGUGUUGUUCUUCUUUUGUACAUUAAAUUGUGUUUUCAAAGUAAUAAAUUAUAUUUCUAAAUCUUGUCCAUAAA